CUGAGGGACAAGCCGCCGGGUACUUUUGUUGUGCGUGACAGCAAUAGCUUUCCGGGUGCAUUCGGCUUGGCGUUGAAAGUAGCUACGCCACCACCCGGCAUACAUCCCGGUGAUGGUACCGAACUGGUGCGUCAUUUCCUCAUUGAACCGUCACCGAAAGGUGUGAAAUUGAAGGGCUGUAACAAUGAACCGGUUUUCGGUACACUCUCUGCACUGGUCUAUCAGCAUUCAAUCACACCAUUAGCACUUCCAACAAAACUGCUUCUACCGGAUUAUGAUCCAGCCAGCACACCGGAGCACAUUUCCGCUGCGCAGGCGCUUUUACAACAAGGAGCUGCCUGUAACGUGACGUACGUAGUGUCUCUGGAUACCGAAUCACUUACUGGACCGGAAGCAGUGCGUCGAUGUAUCACCGAAGCAUUCGAGUUGCAACGGCAAAAAAUGGUACAACCUGUAUCGGUACACUUC